AGAGAGAAUCUGAUAAAGCGUGGGAUUUUUUUUAAUCCAACUCGUCAAACAUUAUACAAACAUUUGGGAUCUUCCCAAACAUAUAAAAACUCCUACUUCAAAUCAAUUCACAUAUUCCUUUCAGAAACUUUUCGAUUCUUUUCUUCCUACCCUUCCUUGGAAGCACAGACAACAACUAGUUUAGUCUAGUCUAGUCUUAGGCCCAGCCAGGCAUCCGUUCUCUUUCUCUCUCUGUAAUGGCAAAGAAGAGAGAAGAAGGGAAUAUGGGUCUGUUCUUGGAUGGGGUAAUAGAGGCCAUGCCGUUGUUUGCCAAAGAAUUGGUAGCUGGUGGUGUCGCCGGUGGCUUUGCCAAGACUGUGGUUGCACCACUCGAGCGUGUCAAGAUUUUGUUUCAGACUAGAAGAGCAGAAUAUCAGAGCAUAGGGCUAUUUGGAUCAUUUAGAAAAAUUGCAAAGACAGAAGGUGUUUUAGGUUUCUACAGAGGGAAUGGAGCCAGUGUUGCAAGAAUUGUUCCCUAUGCUGCCUUGCAUUACAUGGCCUAUGAACAAUACCGCAGAUGGAUUAUUGAAACCUUUCCUAAUGUAGAUAAGGGACCUGUACUUGACCUUGUUGCAGGCUCAUUUGCUGGAGGAACGGCUGUACUUUUUACUUAUCCUCUUGAUUUGGUUCGAACUAAGUUGGCUUAUCAGGUUGUUGAUCCAUUAAAAUUGAGUGUUCAAGGAUUGGCAAACAAUGAACAAGUUUAUAAGGGAAUUCUUGAUUGUUUCUCUAAGACUUACAAAAGUGCUGGAAUUAGAGGUCUUUAUCGCGGUGUGGCUCCAUCCCUUUAUGGAAUCUUUCCAUAUGCUGGUUUGAAGUUUUACUUCUAUGAGGAGAUGAAGAGACACGUCCCAGAAGAACACAGGAAAAACAUAAUGGUAAAACUUGUAUGUGGCUCGGUUGCAGGUUUAUUGGGCCAGACCUUUACAUACCCUCUUGACGUUGUCAGGAGGCAAAUGCAGGUUCAACAAUUCUUGCCAUCACACAGUGCAGAGGUUAAAGGAACAAUGGAAACUCUUAUUAAAAUUGCCCAAAAGCAAGGGUGGAAACAACUGUUUUCAGGACUCAGCAUCAAUUACUUAAAGGUUGUACCAUCUGUGGCAAUUGGAUUUACUGUUUACGAUCUUAUGAAGUUAUACCUAAGAGUUCCAUCACGCGAUGAAGCUGUGGUUGAAGUAGUAACCCACAAAAGAAAUAUUCAGUCCUCGUCCCUUCGGUCCUAAUAGCAUUUUUCUUCUCAAUUUCUCUAACUUCAAUCUAGGAAAGGAAAGGGAAGGGAUUCAUUGAAUAAUUCUACCAUUUUAGUUCUUUUAGAUCGAAAGUGUAAAUUCCAUUCUUUGGAGUUCCUGGAAAAACAGUUCCUUUCUUUGGAGCAGAUCUGAGAGGUUUCAUCCAUGCUUCAUUUUUGGGAAGACAGGAUUCUCAAUCAAUGUACAUAUAGAAGGUGGAAGACGAAUAAAGAAUUAUUUUCUUUGAUGUUGUAUUGUACCUAUGAUUGAAAUUUUUGUAGCAAUGAUAAACAGCCAUUCUCUUUCAUGGUGGUUUAUUAAAGCAGCCAGUAGAUUGGAAUGAUUUCAAUUCAAUCAAGUGGUUAACGUUUUAGAGUUUCUA